AUGAAGUUCUAUACCACCGUCGCCACUGGUUCUGCUGCUCUAUCCUCUACCGCCUCGGCUACUAUUUACCAAGGUUUCAAUUAUGGAAGCACAUUCACAGGUGGUGCAGCGAAGAAGCAAGCCGAUUUCGAGGCCGAAUUCACAUCUGCGAAGAACUUGGUUGGAACUUCGGGAGCAUUUACCAGUGCUAGACUCUACACUAUGAUUCAAGGCUUGACGACUUCAGAUCCAAUCUCCGCAAUUCCCGCCGCUAUCAAAACGAAAACAUCCCUCCUUCUCGGAAUAUGGGCAUCUGGUGGACAAGCAGGAGUGACGAAUGAGAUUGCAGCCCUGACCGCAGCUAUCACGAACUAUGGCACAGACUUCACCGAUCUCGUCGUUGGAUUGUCUGUUGGCAGCGAAGAUCUAUACCGAGUCUCGGUGACUGGCAUUGCCAAUGAUCCAAAGGGUGUUGGUGUGGACCCAGCAACUCUCGUCAAAUACAUUACACAAGUGAAGACUGCCGUCAAGGGCACAGCCUUGGAAAAGGUUCUGAUCGGCCACGUUGAUACCUGGAACUCAUGGACUAACUCUUCGAACAACGCCGUUAUCUCAGCGAUCGACUGGUUAGGCGUGGAUGAGUACCCAUACUUUCAGAACACUGAGAGCAACGAUAUUGAUUCUGCUUACACGCUUUUCUGGGAUGCAUACAACGCGACUGCCGGCGCCGCAGGUGGAAAACCUGUUUGGAUCACCGAAACUGGAUGGCCCGUCAGCGGAAAGACCGAAAACCUAGGCGUCCCAAGCAUUGCCAACGCAAAGAUCUUCUGGGACGAAAUUGGAUGUGCAUCUGCCUUUGGGAAAGUGAACACCUGGUGGUAUGUUCUGCAAGAUGCUGCCCCCACAACCCCAGUUCCCAGCUUCGGUCUCCUGGCUAGCAGCACUAGCGAUGCUACCAUGGGUACAUCGCCGUUGUAUGAUCUUUCAUGCAAAAACGUUACGCUUCCUGCAAGCCUGUUGCCCUCUACCGCAACCGCCAGCGGAUCCACUGCUACAAAGACAGGCUCCAGCUCUGGCAGCCAAACAUCCCCCACCGGAUCUUCAGAGACUGGCACCGGCACUUCCUCCUCCCCCUCCGGGACCACUACGAAGAGCAGCGACGCUUCGAGAUUCGCAGCGUCGGGCUUGUUCUUGGUAUCUGCCAUGUUUGUUGCUCUUUUCUAA